AUGGCGUAUUUAGGUUUCGGUGACAUCGCAUCUUAUGGUCACCCUACGCAAGAAUUCACAGAAGUGGAUCGGAUGGCCCACGAAGGCACGAGGUUCACACAAGCGUACUCGGCGGACAGCAUGUGCAGUCCGAGCAGAGCUGCUUUCAUGACCGGUCGGCUGCCGAUUCGGUUGGGUGUGACUGGAGGUCGAAGAGUGUUCAUGCCCUACGACAUUGGAGGUCUACCAAAACAUGAAACGACGAUGGCCGAGAUGCUCAAGCAAGCAGGUAGUGUCGACAGAGGAUACAUGACCGGAAUGAUUGGCAAAUGGCACCUAGGAAUUAAUGAGCACAAUCAUUCCGAUGGUGCUCACCUGCCAUCGAAAAGAGGUUUCGACUUCGUCGGCCUUAACCUGCCGUUCACCAAUGCAUGGCAAUGCGAUACUACACAGACCUACUAUGCCAUUGGACCCGAUAGGUCGAUGUGUUUCCUCUAUGAUGGAGAUGAAAUCGUACAGCAGCCGAUACGAUUUGAGUAUAUGACGGAAAAUCUCGUUCAUGACUGGAAGAGAUUUUUAGACACGAGAAUGAGAACUGAUCAGAAAGAGCGACCGUUCUUCUUCUACUUCUCGUUUCCGCAAGUUCACAGCACCCAAUUCGCAAGUCCGGACUUUCUGGGCUCUUCUAUUAGAGGUAUUUAUGGUGAUUCGAUUAACGAAAUGUCGUGGGCUGUCGGUGAGGUGCUGAAUAGUCUUCUGAAAGCAGGCAUCGCAGGGAACACGCUCGUCAUUCUCAUGUCUGAUCAUGGACCACACGUGGAGCUAUGUCUGAACGGAGGAUCCACUGCUGGGCUAAAAGGAGGAAAGUCAAACUCGUACGAAGGCGGAUACCGCAUUCCGUUCAUAGCCUGGCAGCCUGGCACUGUGAAAGCAGGUAGAGUGUCCAACGAGGUUGUUUCUAGUAUGGACCUCUACGCUACCUUCAGAGAUAUGCAACAAUGUCCAUUAUUGCAAAAGCAAUUACCUCUGGAUGGAACUAAUAUACUGGAUGAGCUGUGGGGAAUCAGUCAAGAGGCAGCUGGUUAUCUUGGACGACGACGCCCAAUUAUAUAUUACUGUAACACGAAAUUGAUGGCAAUUCGUCUUAGCAAUAUCAAGAUUCACUAUCGGACAUCACCAAUUUUCUUCAAUGACACAGUGGAUCCAAAUCUCUCCUAUUUCUGUCCUAAUGGCAAACCCCGUGCAGAUUGGUACGUUUCGCAAACUUGUCCUGACGAACACCUAAUACUUCACACACCGCCUCUCGUCUUUGAUUUAACGAGGGAUCCUUUUGAACGCUUUGCACUGGAAGAAAGUCAACUUGUUCUUGAAGUAAGAAACCAUAGUCAUUUGAGUUUCCUAGUUGACCCUGACAUCAGUUACUUUUACACAUACAAAUAG